CGGCGGGCUGACGUCAGGCGGGGCUGCAGCUGCCCGCCGGCGGAGCGCGGCCGGCGGCGGGAGCGGGGCCGGCGGCGGCAGAUUAAGCAACAAUGGCAUUUGUGAAGAGUGGAUGGCUGCUCCGUCAAAGUACUAUUCUGCGGCGCUGGAAGAAGAACUGGUUUGACCUGUGGUCUGACGGCCGUUUAAUAUUCUACGAUGAUCAAAAUCGCCGUGACCUCGAAGAUAAAAUCCACAUGCGAAUUCACUGCAUCAACCUCCGAGUGGGGAAUGAAUGUCGAGAUUUCCAGGCUCCAGAGGGGAAGCAGAGAGACUGUUUACUGCAGAUUGUUUGCCGGGAUGGGAAGACAGUCAACCUUUGUGCAGAGAGUGCAGAUGACUGCCUGGCAUGGAAAAUUGCUCUCCAAGACGCCAGAACAAAUGCAGGCUACGUGGGAUCUGAUGUGAUGUAUGAUGAGACAGCCAUUUCCUCAGCCCCUCCUCCCUACACAGCUUAUGCCACACCAUCACCUGAGGUUUAUGGCUAUGGCUACGAGCAGUACAAUGGGCCCUAUCCCCCCGCCGGUCCCCAAGUCUUCUACGCCUCCAACGGCCAGGCGUACGCUGCUCCCUGUCAGUACCCCUACCAAGGUCCCUAUGGGCAGCCCCCUGCAAACCAUGUCAUCAUUCGAGAGCGUUACCGUGACAGCGAUGGAGACCUUGCCCUGGGCAUGCUUGCAGGAGCAGCCACUGGAAUGGCUCUGGGAUCAUUAUUCUGGGUCUUCUAGAUUACUCCUUAUCUUUGUAGUUCCCAAAAAACCUUUAUUGUGUGCAAUAAUAUAUUGGCAAUGUUGUUUACUGUUAAUCUUUAAGAAAUGCAAUAGUUAUCUUUGGGUAGUGACAUCUUAAUAAUUGAUUCUUAACUGUCUUCAGGAGAGUUCAAAGGCACCGUUGAGUGGGAGGGCAUGUGCUACUCUUGAAUUCUGUUCUGAUGUUUGGAGUUAGAAGGAUUUGUACUGAAAAGGAUCAAUAUGAGCACCAAUGUAAUGCGGUAGCAGUGACAAGCUUUAUGAACAGAUUGUUAAUCACCAUAGGAAAAAAGAAAGAGGUUUGGGAGGGUCUAAAAACCGGUCCAAAUAGGAGGUUUACAGAAGUGCUGCUUUAGGAUAUAUGUACUUCUGGCUUCUAAACAUUCCCUGGACAAACAUCCAGCUCAGCAGAAACUCCUUGGCAUGAGGUAGUGAGCCACGCUUGAGAGUUUUCUCCUUUUUUCCCCCUAACUUGCCUGCAGAUGGUAGUGUAUUUUCUUAGAUGGAGUUCUGUACCUGUCUCUCGCACCAUCCAGGUGAAGUUGUCUUUGAGAACAUAUAAGCAAACCACUAAGAAGUAGCAGCAGCACUCCUCAGCUCUUUUAUUCUCUCAGAAAUGUGAAUGACCAUUCUCUGAGCAGAUGGAAGUAACAGAUCUUUAGCUUUGCAAGUGGUCUUCCUUGCCUGUAGAGCAGUCGCCUCAAACACUGCACCAAGGGCACUGCUGAGGAAGAGGUCAUUGUCUAGUGGCUGCUCGUUACUGCUAUCGCUCUGCAGAACCAACUUGAACAUCCCUUGCCCUGGUGGGCCCACCAGAACCCCUCUGCAGCCAGUGAAUAGUCAAGAGGGGAGAGACAAACAGCACAAGUAGACCCUGCACACAGGCACUUUGAUACCAGCUGCCUUGCCAUGGCUAGGAUAGAACGUUAUGCCUCAGCCUCCAAGGUUUCCUGAACCAGGUUCAUCAUUUGCAGCUAGUUUUUGCACACAGCUAAGCCUGGGUUACUUUUAUGCACACUUCCCUUUCACAUUCAGCAGCUUCCCUUCAUGACUUCAGAAAAACACUCCAAGGAACCUGGCUAGCUUUGCUUGUAUGUCUGGGUCCUUUCACAGUGUGCUCCUACAGGCUGCUGUGUUAUGGACGCAGAGGACAACUGUUAGGUGUGUUAGAUGGUGUAUUACCUUAUCCAGUUACAAUCCAUGCUGAGCUGUGCUUGGCAGGGCAAAGAAAGCUCUGAAGAAAUGCAGAUGCUUUCUUACUGAGGUAAAAGAGACAGGUUUCUUUAUAGUAAGAGGGCUUAUUUUUAUACUUCCACUUUCAGCUUCCUGCACUCAUACUGGUUUAAUAUGUUAAGUCUUCCUUAUGCUUUCAUUCAGAGUUGGUUUAAUUUCUUUAAGGCUCCUGGGGUUUCAGGUAUGUCAGAAAAGCUGAAAAUAGAUGAGAACUUGCACCCUUAUGCAUUUAUAUCAAGCCUCAGUCUUUUUCAUUUCAUCUAUCUGGGCUCUAUCCUACAGAUCUAAGCAAUAGAGGUCUUGGACAAGAGCUUGUGUAACAGGAAGGGGAAGCACUAAGCUUUCAUGUCUCUUAAGGACCAACUCAAACAGAAAUCAUCAGAAGUAAACAGACAGAUGUUUUCUUGGCAGCAUUACUGAGAAUGAGCCUAGUCCAGGGAAUGGAAACCUCUUUCAAGAAGCUUGGGCUCAGAGUCAUACACCAAUGUGCAUGCAUGUCCUUUCACAGAUUAAUACACGCUGCAGAUGUUCUGCCAGUGGUAUGUACUAAAAGGGCUUGUUGGAGGUUCAAAAGAGGACUAAAGUGGAAGUUUCCUAUUGCUAGUCCAAAACAAAAGAAACUGCACUACAACUACUGAAGUUCUGUUUCUGACCUCAAGGGUGCCAGCCCUCUAAGGGAUGGUGACUGUCUGGAACUCCAGUGAACAAACAUUUCUACCCUUGAGGUAACCUUGAAGCUGAUUACAGGUCUAUGCUGCUGUUUAAUUUGUACUUUGCUGUAUAACUAGUUCUGCAGAAUGCCUCCAUGUCCUCCUGUCCCUGUAGGAUAAUGAGCCUGUAAGGGGUGGGGGUGUAAAACAACUGAACAGCAUUGUGAUUUCUUUUGAAUUUCAUGAUAAUUGUGUAAGAAUAGCACCAAGUGAACCAGCCAGUAAUUUAUGUUAAGUUCAGAAUUUUAUCAUGUAGGUUGUUUUGGUUUGGUUGGGUUGUUUUAUUUUUUUGCAAGAGCUGUUGAGCACAGCAGUGGAACAUGUCUCUGGUGCUUUCAGGAGAUAACUGUAUCUAGGUCCCCAGUUUCUUCAAGUGAAGUAUGUAAGAUAAAGACUGUGUUGGUUACAAAACAUUCCCAGGUUGAAUUCAAGCAAGAAAUGAUAUUUUUGCAAGUUCAAAUUGAAGUAAGUCUCCAUUAAAAGAAUAGUCUCACCUCUUCUUAAGGGGGAAAGAAAAAUCACCAGUUGAAGCUGAAGAUUCUAGUUCUGUCUUAGUAACAAUAGGCUGCUUUUAUACAAAAAUCAGGAGCUACUUCUCUGUCCUGGUAGCAUGAAAGCAAAUGUGCUGGAGCAUAAAAUCAAGAGAGCAGUUAUCUUAUUGCAGGUGCUUGUAGCCUUUCUGAUCUCACUGCAGAAACAGAACUGGCAAUGUCUUGGUGUACAAAGCAGCAGCAUGGGGACAACCACCUGAAUUGACUGGCUGUUAAAGCUCAGAGGCUUGCUGCCUAAAGACUUGGCUGAACCUCCAGUUGCUCAGGAGCAGAGUGGAGGCUUGGUCACAUCUGGAACAAUGUCUGGCUGGGUGCAUGGUCAUGACUCAAUGGCCUUUCCCUGCCCAGUCCAGUACUACAUAGAUCUGCUGUUUGUGUAGCUGCUGGUGUGAGCUGCAGGAGCCGGGCCAGGGUGGAUUUGGGGGCUUGGAGGGACUGCCAUGGCAGCUUCUGUAGAUAGGGGAUGCCAGUGAUGGGAAGAGGCUAUGAGUGGGGUAUGAUAGUUUCCAAAUAGUCUGACAUGAGUCCUAACCAGGUGUUUGUUUCUGAGUGGUGCUAGUCACGAUGCUGUGAUUCCAGUUACACUGGCAUAGCACCCAAGCACAUGCUUUCCUGCCUGGGGCCCAGUACUUGACCUCUUUAAAACUACAGCAGGGCUACAACCUGAUUUUUUGCAGCAUACACUAUCAGUUAAGGAUGACUGAAUCUGUUGUACAGCAGUUACAGUCCAUUCAGAAUGAAAUGUCAGUGCUCACAGAGAUCACAAGUCUCCGUGUUCACCUGUGACUAGUUAGUUUUGGAUUUGCACAGCCAGGCUUCCAGAGAGUGGAGUGGAAAUGCUCAGCCUUCUGCUAAGUCUGACCACAUUAGAGAUGAAACCUCUUGGAGGGGAUUGGGUCCCCUCCCAAAUUCUUAGUUCCAUAUGAAAACAUAACUAUUGUCUCCUUUUGCUUGAAUAUAGGGGGCUAGGGUCCAGCCUCUUCCAGUGGGUACGGUUUGUGAACUAGAGGGAAGGGGGGUGGGGAGGGUUUACAUACAGAGCACUGAGUUCUGACAAAGACACAUCUUUUCUAGUCUCAGGAGCAUUCUGACCUGCAUCUAGAGAGAGAUAAUCCUAAAUAUCACAGAGCACUGGCUUCAUUUUGUUUGCUCUUCAGUGGAGAUUCAGUAGGUGACAGAACCUAAAGAAAAGUCUCACUUGUGUUCCUCAGAUGUGUUUGUGGCUUUUCCUCCUCAUAUGACUUGACUAAGACAGAAAAGUCAUGGAGGCCAGCAUGGAGCAAAUACUUCUCCCCCUAAACCCUUCACGUUCUUGUGCACAAUCUUAACUGCUGCUUUUGCUGUAUGUCCUCAUUCUCAUGAUUAAUUUAUAGCAAAAUAGCAAUAAAAUUCCCAUUUAAGUGCAA